UAUGAGCGGCAACAGGUGACCCCCAUGAUUAAACUUGACGUCAUACACACACAACAUAGGAAGAUGGCAUCGCAAUCACAGGUUUUAUUUGAGAGAGAUGGCGUUUACAUUCACGUGAAUGUGAAUUCUACAACAGCAGACAAAGAUGCUCACAUACCAGGAAGGGUUUACUUAGCUCAAAAGCCUGAAGGAAGUUUCAUAGAGUGGAAGGCAGAGGAUGUUCAGAGCCUGGACAGCAACCAGAACGACCAGGAAUGGGCUGUGAUCGGGACGACUUGUUCCGUAGGGUACAAACCAGACAAGGACAAUGUAGUUAGCGUGUCUUCAAAAGCAGAAACAAGAAAAAGAUACAAUGUCAGUUUCGACAUACUGGAUUUAAAAAGUUUUAAGAGGAAUGCACCAAACCAUGGAUGGGCCUACAUAAUUUUCAUCCUUAAAGACGGAACUACGUAUCCAGCCCUGCAUUUCCACAGUGGAGGCAGUAAGGCUCUUCUCCAACAGAUCGGCAAAUAUCUUCAUAUUAAAAGGUCGCCCAACGAUAGUCGCCUGUUUAUUGUACAAGAACAUGAUCCUGACAUGCUGUCUAAGUCAUUUGAUGAGUUACACUUGUUUUCGGAGUCCUCAGCAUACCGUGUCACAAUGGAUGAGGAUUUUAUUGAGUCUGAUUCACAGAAAUUUAUCAAUGAUCCUUACACAACGGCCCUGGGAGGGUUUGCCAAAGUCACCAACUUCCUACGAGACUCCAUCAUGACUCCAGAGAAUGUGACAAGUCGGCCGAAGGAAGAAGUGGCCGAGAUUUUGCAGGAAGACAUUCCUGGCAUGGAGAUCAGCCAACAAGUUGAAGCAGGGUUCGAGGUCGUAACCAAGACUAAACUGCCCAAUCGUCCAGAAGUAACCCGAGGGCAGCCUCUCAAUUCACAGCAGUGGUCCAAACACAUGGACAGGGAUGGACAGAUAAAGGAUGUUGAGCAUCUCAAGGAUGUCAUUUUCAGAGGGGGUGUGGAGCCCUGUAUCAGGAAUGAGGUGUGGAAGUUCCUACUUAAUUACUACGACUGGCAGUCCACAUACAAAACUAGAGCCGAUGAAAGGAAGCGCAAAGUGGAUGACUAUUUCCGGAUGAAGUUACAGUGGAAGACAAUCAAUGACGUCCAGGAGAACAGGUUCUCCCUGUUGAAGGAAAGGAAGUGUUUGAUAGAGAAGGACGUGACACGGACGGAUCGUACACACAAAUUCUUCGAGGGAGAGUGUAAUCCGAACCUUCAGGUCCUCAACGAUAUCCUCAUGACCUACUGCAUGUAUAACUUUGACCUUGGCUACGUACAAGGAAUGAGUGAUCUGUUGUCUCCUAUUCUUGUUGUCAUGGAGAAUGAAGUGGAUGCUUUCUGGUGCUUUGCUGGUCUCAUGGACAAAGUGUGGGAAAACUUUGAGAUGGACCAGAAAGGAAUGAAGUGCCAGCUAGCAGAUAUCCACAGACUGAUGCAGUUCUCUGACCCAGAACUGUGUAGUUACCUAGAGAGCCAUGAUUCCGGCAACUUCUACUUCUGUUUCCGGUGGUUACUCAUCUUUUUCAAGAGAGAAUUUUCCUUCAGUGAUGUCCAGCGUUUAUGGGAGGUGAUAUGGACGGAGCGACCCUGUAAGAGUUUCCAUCUAGUAAUAUGUCUAGCUAUAUUGGAUACGGAGAAAACCACACUCAUAGAAAACAAAUUUGGCUUCACAGAAAUCCUAAAGCACAUCAAUGAUAUGAGCUUAGCCAUACACCUAGAAGAAACCUUGAAGAAAGCAGAGAGCAUAUUCCUACAGCUGAAGAACAGUAAAAAGCUACCCGCAACGCUGAAAGAAAUUUUAGGCAUGGAAUUGUCUCCAAGCAGUUCAACAUCAAGCUCCUGCAAAACCACGCCGAUAGGGACGCCAAUCAACCGUGAAUCCACGCCAAAACUGGAGCUCCCCUUCCAAGGACGGGAGAACGGACUGAGCGCACCCAGUUCGGGGUCCGGUACUGCAGUGACGACACCAGACGACAGUAGUCUGGAGAUCCUUACAGAUAACGCAGACACAGCCAUGAACCUUGUCUACAACUAGUUGACCGUCAGUCAGCCAUGAAGUGUGACUUCUGAGACACCAAUAUGUUGUACCUGCAGACUUGCCGUAAGUCCAGAUUUGGUGCUGUUUAUCACAUACACCAUAAAUGUGUGCAAUGCUGCUUGAUUCAGCUGACACUGUGUUGGACUUGUCUGCGCGGUAUUUUGUCAUGGUCUGUCGAGUGCGUGAUGUGCCAAGACUGACCCUCUUCUGCUGGCACAGGACAUCAAAUCUAGUCCAUGAAGCUGACUGCUACUGUUAGUCUGCCAGAGUUCGAAGAUGUCAUACCAACAUCUCUAUGUGUGAUGUGGACGCCUAUGCUUCUCCACCUCUUUGCUCUAUGUAUCUCAGCAGCAAUUCAAGAUUUCAACUCCUCUGAUCUGAGUGAGGGGUCUCUCCAGAUCUACUUGAUAAGCUAGAUACUAAUGAGGACAUUUUGUGUACAGUAUAUUUCUGUGAUUCUUUGAAAGCAGUGAUAUAUUGAAUGGAAGUUGAUAAGUCAGUAGCAUUAUAGAUCUAUAUAGCUGUUUUUGGUGGUAUGAUAGGAUUUUUGAUAAAUGCUGAAUAUGAUAGAUCCCAUAUACCAAAAUUCACCCAGUAAUCGGUAGUACUAGAUUAAUUUUAACAAACUCUUGCCAUUAGUACUGGUAGUUAUUGUCUAGACUGGCCAUGAUAUUGAACAAAGUUCACAUCAUAGGCCCUGAUAAAGCAUAAGUGGUGGCCCUGAUCGUGCGCAUUGCGAUUGUAGGCUCUGAUCAUGCACAAUGAUGAUGGCUCUGAUUGUGCACAUGGUGAUUGCCUUAAUCGCAUACAGAGUGAAGGGCCUGAUCAAACUUUUAAUGAUGAAGAAGAUAGCCCUGUUGGAGUAAAGGUGAUGUCCAAAGUUGUGCAUGUAAUGACCGCCCUUACUGAGCACAUGGUGAUGACCCUGAUCAAAUAAAACUGCAAAGAUAGUAAUAGUUUUGUUGAUAAGUUUGAUCAUUGCUUAAACUUUUUAUUGCAAUUUUAGAAUUAUAGGUUUGUGAAAGAUUCAUACUGCAUACUACAUAAAUAUUUAUGGCAUUCUUGCACUGUUUACAUGUAGUUCACUGUUACAAAUUUUAUAACACAACAUCCACUAGUUCUUGAAGUCGUACAUUUUCUGAAAAGUGUGAACUGGUGACCAAACUACAAUGCCUUGUUUCCCUGUUCUGUGGCCGUCUUUAUACAACGACAUCUACACACACAAUUGCGCACAUUUUAGAAGUAUAUCUUUAAACUACUACACAAUAUUGUUUUGCUGUGAAGGUUAAGAUUGUGCUCUAUUUAAAAUACAUAGUCUUUAUUCUCGACCUAAUGUUUUACAAUUAAUAUAACUAUAAAUCGUAUCGAGACUCUCUGUUUGUAAAAUUUAAAUCUGACCUUACCGACAUCAAGGGUCGUUAUUUCUUUUUGGUCAGAUUUGACAGCAUAUGUCGGUUAACACAGAGGAAAGAGAAACCAGACUUCUUGGUAACAUAAAAUUGUGUCAGUCAUGAGAAUUUACAGGAUUUCUCUCAACUCCAGUGUCAGUUAACGUCAAGUGUUUACGGUAGGACUGUAACGAUUCUUCCGGUUAGAUUUAAAUUCUUUAAAUUGAUAUGUCCUCAUGUUGUAUCAGAUGCUAUUUUACCACAAUUAUUAGGUAUACAAGAGAAUUACAGGGUAGGCCAUUAUGGUGCAUUUAUUUUUACAUUGUGCCAAUAUUGACACAUUUCACUAUUAAACUGUUACAUGUACAUUUAAUUCAAAAGAGACAACAUUCCUUAUAUCAAAUAUCUCUGUUUUCAAAAUCAAUUAUUUAAAGAUUAGUUAUUUUUCAACAUAUUCAAAUCAAUGAAACUGUUUGGCACAAUGGCAGACUCUUGAUGGUGUUAUAACGCUGUUUAAGUGCCCAAUAGGUUAACCCAACCACUGAUUAACUAGGUACACUGACAGAAUUUAAUACAUAAUAUCCCUAUUAGAUACCCAUGUUAUGUGAUUUGGGGGCAUGCAUAAUGUACAAUUGGUAAUAUUUGCUGAGGAUUUAAUUUUUUGUUGUUUUCUACCACCAAAGAUAGCGCGUAUUUAACUACCCAGCUAUUAUUAAGACGAUGAAUUAUAAUCCCCAUGAAUAUAUGUUCACAAACACAAAAAACAUGAACUGCCAAGUAAUGAAGAUGGAACAACAACUAUAUAUAAAACAUCCCCUUUUACUUUAUUUUCCCCCCAAAAAAUUGGACCAUCGAAAUAAAUCACAUUGCCCAAAUACAAAAGUACCCAUGUGAGUGCAAUAUUUUUCCCAAGAUAUGUUGCGCAAAAUUCAAUCCCUGCAAACUAGUGUUCUGAUUGGGACAACUGCAAACUAUUAGCCAAACAAAAUUUAACAACUAUGCAUUACUUCUGGUAAACACCCAUAAUCUGACAAAUGUUUCAAACAUGCAAAAAACGUGCAUAUCUGACGAGCUGGUACUGGUCAGUAGAUUUCCCUAGAUGUGAAAUUUCAGUGAUUUCAGUCCAAACUUGCCUAUUUUAAACCCCCCUGUUCCCUUUAUCUACCUUGUGAGUUAAUUUUGUUUGCUUUCACACUAAAUAUGCAUAUGCCUUUGGUCAAUAUUUCCUUCUCAUACAUCAUUGUGAAAAACAAUAAGAAUUAUGCUCCCUGGCUUUUCCAUGUCCACAAGAUACUGCCAAUAUUAAAAAUAGUUUAAACAGUUUUCUGGUCAAGAAUAUUUCACAGCACAUAUUUAUAGUAAAUUAUAAGCAUUGAUCUACACAUAUUCAUACAUUUUGCAAAUUUUUCAUUUUCAAACCCCAAAUAAAGAUUUAGAAAAUCGCCCUCAAUGCUUAAGUGGACAUUAAUGAUGAUGUCAUUGUCACAACUGCUAAACCUUAUGUUACUGAGAGAGUGUCAAGGACCCCCAUUGUACAUGUGAUCCGAAUAGGCACUGUGUCUUUAGAAAACAUGUUUUUGUUUCCAUUGCAAGUAUAUGUUUUAGCAAAGUGCAAUUGUGUAACUUGUGUUUCUAGUUUAAGUCAGUCAAUGAUCAAACAACCAUCAUUGUCCAGGUCUCCUGUUACAUGUCUGAACGUAGUGUCUGCAGUGUUACCUAGACAUCGUAAAAACAUGCAGUAUUUAUGAUUAUUUUAUGAUUGCCAUUAUUGAUAUUUAUUAUUUUAUGUUUCAUUUUGGAAAAAUGAACAGAAAUUUGUUAAUUAUAGCAACAAAUAAUCCCGAACACUGCUCACCUCUGAUAACUAUCCUGUAUAACACCAAAAUAUCUAAACCUCUCACCAUGAACCUCUUUAUCUCACCUUCAACCCCUCUCAUUCUAACAUCUCACCUUCAACCCCUUUCACCUUCAAUCCGUCUCAUUAUAACCUCUAUCCUUUAACCCUCCUCACCUUUAACCCCUCUCAUUAUAACAUCUCACCUUCAACCCCUCUCAUUAUAACCUCUAUUCUGUAACCCCCCUCACCUUUAACCCCUCUCAUUCUAACCUCUAUUCUUUAACCCUCCUCACCUUUAACCCCUCUCAUUCUAACAUCUCACCUUCAACCCCUCUCAUUCUAACCUCUAUUCUUUAACCCUCCUCACCUUCAACCCCCCUCAUUCUAACCUCUAUUCUUUAACCCUCCUCACCUUUAACCCUUCUCAUUCUAACAUCUCACCUUCAACCCCUCUCAUUCUAACCUCUAUUCUUUAACCCUCCUCACCUUAAACCCUUCUCACCUUCAACCCCUGUCAUUCUAACCUCUAUCCUUUAACCCUUCUCACCUUCAACCCCUCUCAUUCUAACCUCUCUCUUUAACCCCCUUUACUUUUAACCCCCUGCCAUCUUCAAUCCCUCUCAACUUUAACGCCCUCUUACCUGCAGCCUUUCAUGUUUAACAUAAACCUCUUGCACCUAUAUCAUUUAAACUUCCUAGCCAACAGUAGUAGCUGCUUAAAAUAUUUAAGCAAAUUACUCUAUUAUAUUUACCAGGUACAAUAUCAUAUGUUUGUUGAUUUAACAUAAGAUAAAGUGCCAAUUAAUGCUGGAGUAAGCAUGAGGUUUAUUUUUAAUCAAUUUUCAUGGAAUUUCUUUAACGAACUAUUAAAAGACAAUACUUCAUGAUUGUUUCCUAUUUGGACAGAUGAGAAAAUACAAUGCAAGAUUGACUUUUAAAAUACUGAGACCUGUGUUUGACUCUUGAUCUCAUGUAUAACAAUGCUGUUAAAGAUAAACCAAAGAUAAUUGGUCUCGCAUUCAUCUUGACACUUGCCAUUACUGUUCUCGGUGCCAUCACAACUGUUAUUGUCUAUUCUCUGGCAUUAUGGUAGAUCUUAGAAGCUGUAGUAUUACUGUAUGACUCUUGUAGUUGAAAGGUUCCAUUUUGUUCCAACUGACUGAUUUAAGUUCAAAUUAUCAUAAACCUAGUCUGCAUAAUAAACAGAGACCACCGUAAACAGUAGUUCUGUAUCAUUAACAGUUGCUAGAUGGUUGACCAUCAGGAAUAUGGUCUGUCAGUAAGUGUACAUUUACACACUGACCAGUAUAGUUUGAGUUGGAUACGUGAAGUAUGUGUGUUGAGAAGUUUGUGAGAGAGUUACGUUUAGUCCAUUGUACAUACAAUUAUUUAUGUAUACAUACAUUAUUUAGUUACUUAUAUCUCCGUAUUUAUCAUGUGUUCUAACUUGUUUUAGUUAAGGUAGGUCUUGGCAGUGUUGUGGUUUCUGUGUAUGCAUUGAAAAAUUAAACCUUGUUGUAUAAACUGUUA